AGUUGGUGGGUGGAGCCACCGGUGUUCACUUCCUUGUUGCUGAAAGCUAACAGGGCUGCACAAUGAAAAUAUUAACUUUGUUGAGCUUAUGGUCCACAUACUUAUUAGCGGACAGCAGUAACAUUGAGAAUCAAGCUGCGCAGUUCUUCAGCAGUGGUCAUACAAACAAUUGGGCUGUUCUGGUGUGCACAUCCAGAUUCUGGUUCAACUACCGUCAUGUGGCAAACACUCUGUCAGUCUACAGAAGUGUUAAGAGGCUGGGCAUACCUGACAGCCACAUAGUCCUCAUGCUGGCUGAUGACAUGGCUUGUAACCAUAGAAACCCCAAACCUGCCACAGUGUUCAGCCACAAAAACAUGGAGCUGAAUGUGUACGGAGACGACGUGGAGGUGGACUACCGAGGAUAUGAGGUGACAGUGGAGAACUUCCUUCGUGUUUUGACUGGAAGACUCCCGCCCAGCACGCCACGCUCAAAACGGCUCCUCUCUGAUGACCGAAGCAACAUCCUCAUAUACCUGACAGGCCAUGGCGGGAAUGGCUUUCUGAAGUUCCAGGACUCCGAGGAGAUCAGUAAUGUGGAGCUGGCUGAUGCUUUUGAGCAGAUGUGGCAGAAGAGAAGGUACAAUGAGCUGCUCUUCAUCAUCGAUACCUGUCAGGGAGCCUCCAUGUAUGAGAGGUUCUAUUCUCCAAACCUAAUGGCUUUGGCCAGCAGUCAAGUUGGAGAGGACUCCCUGUCGCACCAGCCAGAUCUGGCCAUUGGGGUGCAUUUGAUGGAUCGUUACACCUUCUACCUGCUGGAGUUUCUGGAGGACAUCCACCCUGCAAGCAAAGCCAACAUGAAUGACCUGUUCAAAGUAUGUCCCAAGAGUCAGUGCGUGUCCACUCCGGGCCACCGUACGGACCUUUUCUUGAGGGACCCGGGAAGCGUCCUCAUCACAGAUUUCUUUGGUAGCGUUCGCAAAGUCGAGAUCACCAUGGAAACCAUCAACCUGACCGAACCCAUCAAGACAGUGGAGCAGAAUCCUGUGAAUGGAGAGCUGGAAAAGGAGACGUAUUCGUACCUAUAUGUGGAUCAGCUGCCUGUGUCGGAGAUCAUCCAUCAGAAACCAAAGCAGAAAGACUGGCAUCCUCCUGAUGGCUUCAUCCUGGGCCUGUGGACUCUAAUCCUCAUGGUGUUUUUCAAGACGUAUGGCAUUAAACACCUCAAACACAUCUUCUGAGGCCUCAGCGUGUUCACCGCUGGAUAUCUGAGGACACGAGGAAGUCAAUCGGGAGCUUUUGCAGAGGGGAUUUUAGAGGGAAGGUGCAGUUUGUGACUGGAUUAUUUUUUGCCUUGAAAUGGAAUGAAGAUGUAUGGCACCGCAUCAGCGCUGCCAGAAACGUUACGAUUGAAUUGGUGCCUUUUUUUGUUUUUGAAUGUUGAUUGUUUUUUACCUGGGAAAAUUAAAUAUUGUACAAUUCUAGAUGAGAAAAGUUGAGAUGAUCCGAUACCGUCUUACCUUGCUGAUAUGGAUUUCCGAUAUUCCGAUUUGAGUAUUGGCCAAUAGCGCGUAGCCCUUUGAUGCCACUGAGAUAAAAAAAACAUGCAUAUACAAAUUAAUUGUGGAAAAACACUGAUUGCUGCCAUUUUGUUAGCUUUGACUAACAUUACAGUCUCAGCUUCCAUUACAGUUUAGUUCCUGGUUAUUGUCGCCAGCAAAUUAGCUGUAACCAUUAACUGUAUAUAAAGAUGAGCGAUGCUUCUCAACCACCUCCCACUGUACAAUAGUGAAGCCAAAAAAAACCUUCAAUGGGCGCUGAUAUAUUGUGCUGGUGAUGUCAUUUGGAGCCCGAGACGGCACAGUAGAAUCUGUUCUGGUUUUGACAUCCUGCCCUUUCUGCUUACACACAUUUAACUUACCAAUUAAAUGGACAAAAUCCCUCAAGGCCACAGGAGUACAGAUUCUAAUGUCAGUUUGAAGCAGAGACGCAGUGACUUAUUGUCAGUGUUUGUUCAGUUUCUCUCUACAGACACAGCGCCAUAAGAAAAUCAUUUGUCAACUGAGCUGUCAACCAUGGCAUUUUACUCUUUUAUAUAGCACCAAAAUCCAAUUUCAAAACUAAAACUUUUAGAUGAAUGAGCCACUGAACAUUAAUUACCAUGAUAAGUAGUUACUUUAAAGACCGAAACCAUGUUUGACAUUUUUAUUUUAAACGUAUUUCGAUUCUGAAGUUUUACCCGUGUCUCACUUGUUAACAGAGAAGAGGCAGAGCCUAUGACCUUGACUGAAGUCUCUGGGGGGAGCGCCGAAUAGUUUGGCCUCACUUUUGGGGAGCUGUCAUGUCCUCCAUCUUUUUAUACAGUCUAUGAAUGAUAGAGGUAGAAGAUUAAUUUGGGGGGGAAUACAUUAUGCUAUCAGAUUGCUGCAUUUACUGACGGACUUGCCAAUACUGCAUUCAAGGCUUUAUCAGAAGUGGCUUCUGUCAGUGGUAUCGGUAUUGGAUCAACUCUGCUGACAAGGUGGAAGGGACAAACACUUGAAAGAUACGCAGAGCUCCAACUCUGCAUGGGCUGCCUAUGAGCUGUGUGUUUUAAACUGUUUUCAUGUUUUUCUUGUUCACAAGGACUUCAACUUAUAUUUAUUUCUUGUGUGUCUAAAAUUCUUGUUUUGUCGAGCCAAUCCAUAAUUGCAUUGAUUUGGUAAAAAAUGCACUGAAUUAAGUCCACAGAUAAGAGUUUAAUUUAUUUUUCGAGACAGUGCCGCUCUGCAUAUUUCAGCAGCAGUUUUGUUUAAGAGCUCCUCAGAAAUGUUCGCUCGCUCAGAGGAAGAAAAUGUGGGAUGAGGGGUAGGCUGAUUGGCUGUGAGAGAACUGUGCAGAGAUCACUGAUUAAUGUCCCUCCUGUCCGUAUACAUUACACCCCUUGACCGUCACAUCCCGCUUGUGAGGGAUAACAAUCGCACAUAAUCCCAUCUCGCAGUGAUGGACCCAUCCACUUUCCCAUUCUCCAAAUUGCCCUCCCUGUGGAAACAUCCAUUAGCUCCCCAGCCAUGUACUCGGCUGAUUGUAUUCUGGGUGAUGGACAGCUAUUUCCCCAGCUAUUUCCAACGUCUCGGCAACAGCAGCGAUAAGUGAGUGAUAACCCAGUAAGCUGCCGGUCGUCCCAAAUGAAUCUCCUCUACGCCUGGACGUGUUUUUCCUCCUUUUCCCCGCUCUCCCUUCCUCACUAUGUGUUACAACUCUGCAUUAAGCUCAUUGUUGGGGGAAUGACUGAUGCUCAGCGCAUAUGGAUUGAACCUGUGGUAGUUUAUCUUUGCUCCUUGGCACGAGGACACGCCCAUCAGGCGUCUGCUGUCACCCUCUCUUGCAGCUGAAGUGGAAAAUAGAUGAAGCUGGAAAUUGAACCAUAUGUAUGUGAAGGCAGCUGCUGCGUCAGCCACCAUCUACCUUUUCUUUUACAUUAAUUAUGCAAGGCUUAUUUCUUCUUCCCUGUUUCUAUUUCCUGUAGUCUCACAUCCCCUUUCAGAGCGAGCUCAUUGUAUAAAAAUUGGUCGGACUCUGAUACCCUGAUUAAAGUUGAAACACUGAAUAAAAGGAUCGUAUUUGCGUCUUUAACUGCCGUUUUUAUUACCUUAUUUCAAAGAUAUUGAGCUUCUUCAAUUACUCUGUAAUGCUUUUUCAAGACACACGCUUUCCUUUUACUGCUCCAAAAACCCUUGAAGGUAUUCCUGGCAGAGCUCACAGUCUAAACUUGUUUUAUAACACAAAGACAUCCUUGAAUUAUUUGGCGCCUGGGUUGAUUUACACACUCUGCUCUGUUGUUUUCUUUCUGGAAACGGUUCAAACAAUCGAGGCAGCUUUUUUAAAUGUUGUUUUCUUUUUUGUUCCAACCUUGUCUGUUCAAAAGACAGAGCAGCCUUCGGAUCCAAGCCUCCGCAUACAAUCUAUGUGUACAAGACAUGGCAGCGGAUUCAGAGAAAAUUAAAGCCACCUGAUCUCAGA